GCGGCCGCCGCCAAACGGUUCCGGGCCCCGCACGGUUCCGCCCGCCGUGCCCACCCCCGACUCUGCCGGUCCCGCCCCAUCCCUCCUCUCGCCCGGCGCUGGCGCGGCCGCAUCCCCAUGGCCUUCGCUCCGGAGGAUCCCAUUUUGGAACGUUAUUUCAAAGGCCAUAAAGCUGCAGUGACCAGUGUGGACUUCAGCCCCAGUGCCAAACGACUUGCCAGUGCCUCUUGGGAUACCUUUCUCAUGCUAUGGGAUUUCAAGCCACAGCCUAAAGCUUUCAGAUAUGUGGGUCACAAGGAUGUUGUGACCAGCGUCCAGUUUUCACCUCUUGGAAACUUAGUAGCAUCAGCCUCACGAGACAGGACUGUUAGACUAUGGAUUCCUGAUAGGAAAGGGAAGUCUUCCGAGUUCAAAGCACACACUGCCCCCGUCCGAAGCGUGGACUUCUCCUGCGAUGGCCAGUUUCUUGCCACAGCCUCCGAGGACAAAUCCAUCAAAGUCUGGAAUAUGUAUCGGCAGCGCUUCCUGUAUUCCUUGUACCGACAUACCCACUGGGUGUGCUGCGCCAAAUUUUCUGCUGAUGGAAGACUAAUAGUAUCAUGUAGUGAGGAUAAGACUGUUAAAAUUUGGGAUACAAACAAUAAACUGUGCAUCAAUAGCUUUACAGACUCUGAAGGGUUUGCCAACUUUGUGUCUUUUAACCCCAGUGGUACGUGCAUAGCUUCAGCAGGUUCUGAUCAUACAGUGAAACUCUGGGAUAUAAGAGUAAACAAGUUACUUCAGAAUUACCAAGUUCACAGUGGUGCAGUCAAUUGUUUGUCAUUCCAUCCUUCCGGUAAUUAUCUCAUCACGGCCUCGUCUGAUGGCACCCUGAAGAUUUUGGAUCUCGUAGAAGGAAGACUCAUAUAUACACUUCAAGGACACACGGGACCCGUCUUUGCCGUUUCCUUUUCCAAAGGGGGCCAGCAGUUCACAUCCGGAGGUGCCGACGCCCAGAUUCUGUUGUGGAAGACAAAUUUUGAUGAAAUGAGUUAUAAAGAUCUUCUGAAAAAGAACAUCAAGAGGUUGCAUUUUGAUGCCCCACCUCAUCUUCUUGAUAUCUACCCAAGAACUGCUCACCAUCACGAUAGAAAGCCUGACUCAGUUGAGAUUAAUCCCAAGCUUGAAGUGGUCAAUUUACAGACUUCAGACCCACUUGUUGUGGACGUUGUUUCUUCUGAUACUUCCAAUUCCACAACCAGCCAUAGUGCUCAACCACCAUUACGAAUACAUGGGCCUCCCCCUUCCACGAAGAUGGAUCAUCCCACAGCCACUCUUUCAAGCCAGGGAAUCCCAACUGCUAAUGAAAUUCCACCAGACGACAGCACUCCCCACUUCUUGAAUCCUGUUUUAGGACACCCAGCAUCAAUAAGCUCAACAGUGAGCAUGGAGAAGAAACCAGAAGACAAGGGGAACAGCAUCCCUUUCAUGGCUGCCGAUGGCCAGAGGAGUAUCCCAAUGGCAGUAACCGAUGCUUUGGAGCACAUCAUGGAGCAGUUGAACGUCUUAACCCAGACUGUAUCUAUUCUGGAGCAGCGACUGACUUUGACAGAGGAUAAAUUAAAAGACUGCCUAGAAAAUCAACAGAAGAUUUAUACCAGAGAACAUAGAAGUUGAAUAGAGAAUUUGAGUAGACCUGCCUACGAACACCCGUUUCUAGGAUCUUAGAAAGGUAAUAGGCAAUACUUCCUGUACUUCAGCAACAAGCAAACCAUUACAGCAUUUCUUAAGUCUGAGCACCAGAGCAAAACCCAACAGACAAAAACCAAAAACCCACCUACAAGGACUAAUGUCAACCUUUGCAGGGAUGGCAGUCAAGACUGACCUCUGGAAUGUUUGUUUCUGCUGACAGUCUUAUAGUUGUAGUUUGUCUCUGAUGGUGUAAGUGAAUAUGAAUCUCCCCCGUGUUAAUCAGAAUGACAGUUCUCAUUCAGAGGCUGGAGCUUGCCAGGGUAGGAGCCUGCUCUCCGGAUGUAAGUUAGUCCCUCCUCUUCUCAUCGAAUGUAGUUCUGUAGAGAGUGGAGCUGAAGGACUCCUUGGCCUUCACAAAUCCCCAGCAGAUCCAGGGAGUGGGUGACCCAGCUGGCUCUGUACACCACUCUCCGUCCCACCGAGGCUUUCCUUGAAAUAAAGCUUCCUUUCUUAAUAAUGCCUUGAAAACCCAAUCCGUGAGGGAUGAGCCACUGAGAAUUUCCCCAACACGUUGACAUCGCUGAGAGUAUGUGACUUUGGACUAACAAAGAAAUGCCCAAUGGGUUUUUAUUUUCAUUUGUUUUCCACUGUUUGGCUGGUGGCUGCCCCCCUCACCCCUAGAGGAAAUAGCUGUCAUUAAGGACAGUGAAUGGGUAUGGAAAUGGGGAGGCACGUACUUCUUUCCUUUGAAAGAUGAACACGCCGCCCCGCCGCACCAAGGCCUGGAAGCAAGGGUUCCUAAAGAUUAUGUUAAUGUGAUUUCAGGAUGCUUAAGAGCCAGAAGGGAGCGACAAGGAUCAAAUACAUUGCAAUAUUACCAGUUAAGAAGGGGAGCUCCUGGCUGCUGAGUAGCAAAGCCCCUUUUAAAAAAAAUAUCGUCAUCAUCAUCAUCUAACGAUUUUGUUGAAAAACAAUAAAAACGAGCCAAGCCUUUCUAAAGAAUCUUGGUUUCAAACUGAGUUUUGUUUUGUUUUGUCUUUUUUCCUAAAACAAGGUUGGAGAUUAAAGUGCAGGAAACCAGGCGUAUUAAGGAAGGCCCAGGAAUUUUUACAAUCAUAUGUUAGCUUGCAUGCCUGGUCACAGUUAUCUCAUGACUCACUUGGACCAUGUGUGAUCUGCAGGUUCUCUUCACCUGUAUCAAGACCAAAGGGAAGGAAAAAAAAUGAAUUCACUGUUAACAGUAUCUGCAGGUGACUAGGAAGAGGCUAGCCUUUUUCUAAAAAAAAAUAAUAAAGUUCUUUGUGUGUGUGUGUACAUAUGUAAAGAUAUUUGUCUAUAUGUAAACCUACAUAAACACAUCUCUCUAUAUUUAAUAUUCCCACACCUUCAUGUUAGUAUAUCUAUGAGGUUAAAAAGAGAGUUUUGGGUCAUCUAUUCAUGGGGUGCAAGUACUUUUAUGUCAAAUGUGGUUUGAAUGUUUUAGACAAUUCCAAGUGCUUACAAAAAUUAAGUGGCAUUUUUUUAUAACCCUCUUGAGAAGACCAAUUUCUGUUUACUUUUCCAUUCUGUUCUUCAGAUAAUAAAGAUGAUUUCUGUAACAA